GUGGAGGCUGAUUUUCUCAGCUGCUCCUCUUCUGUUUGCCCUGGACUCCUCAGCUGCUCACACAGCAUUUGUCUCUGUGGGCAGAAUUUCAGGCCAGGACCAGGAUCAAGAAGGAUACUGCAGCCAUAUUACAGGAAUAGUCUUCUGUUUACCACUUUGACAAAGUAGAGGUGGCAACUCCCUAGGCUCCCUAGAAGAGCAGUAGGGCCACAGAUUCACAGUUUGAUAUAACUCUAAAACAUCACCACCACCUAAAGCAAUGGGUAACACCAAGAGCGGUGCUGUGUCCAAGGAGAUCCUGGAGGACCUGAAGCUCAACACCAAGUUCUCAGAGAAUGAGAUUGUCCAGUGGUAUGAAAACUUCAAGAGACAGUGUCCAACAGGGCGCAUCUCGAAAGAAGAGUUUCAGUCCAUCUACAGUAAGUUCUUCCCAGACAGUGAAGCCAAUACGUAUGCCCAACAUGUCUUCCGCUCCUUCGACACAAAUGAUGAUGGCACACUGGACUUCAAGGAGUACAUCAUCGCCCUCCACAUGACGUCAACAGGGAAGACCACCAGGAAACUCGAGUGGGCCUUCUCGCUGUUUGAUGUGGACAAGAACGGAUACAUCACCAAGUCAGAGGUCACAGAAAUCUGCACGGCGAUUUUCAAGCUGAUUCCUAAGGAGGAACUUGCUAAUCUGGCUGAAGAUGAAAACACAGCUGACAAGAGGGCAGAUAAACUCUGGAAGUUCUUUGACAAGGGUGAAAAUGACCGAGUGGCAGAGGGGGAGUUCAUUCAGGGAGUGUUGGACAAUGAGGAAGCUCUUCGUUUGAUUCAGUAUCAGCCUUUUAAGUAACUGUUCCGUCAAUGUACCUCUCUCUCCAUUCACAUCUCUUCCACUAUACCCUUGAUUCUGCUAAUACAAUGGCACCUGACAUCAACUUCACAUCACAGAAUGUGAACACUUAACAGGUGCGAUAAUAUUUUCCUAUUGCUCAAAAUUCCUGCCAACAUUUGCCCCGAAAGCAUAUGUGCUGACCUGUUUUCUAUAUCACCCAGAGCUUAAAAUAAAUGUUUCACAUGAAAUCCUGGUUUACCAGUGUCUGUCUACCAUGAACCAGAAAGAAUUAUUCCCUCAUAAAUAUGUGACCUAACUGACACUCUCCCACAUGUAAACACACUUUUUCUGCUAAAAUUAGCUUCUUCACUUAAAUGAAGAUAGAUAAAUACAGACAUACAGAAUUUCUGAAAGUGUCCCUAUUUAGUGUACAUUUCAGACUAAAAGUAAAUUGUAAAGGUGUGUUUUAGCAACUCAAACACAUUUUAAUAAGAUAACAUGUUAUGUGCAUUGUUAAAGUAUCAUUACUGUGAAAUAUGUUUUCUCAACUGGGCAGCCAAUGGUCUCUGUAGUUUCUCAUUUUACACUGGGAUGUUUUUUAAAACCUGACCAAGAUGUAGCUCAUGGUUCAACUGCAGUAAGUGCAGGGCGUUUCCAUUAUUAUUGUAUAAUUUUAUGUCUUUUACAGUGUUCAAUUCAUCCAUGUGACGCACUCCUACAUGUUUGAUGUUCUAGUUAAUUGGUACAUAUUGGAGAAUAGGUUUGUUCAUGUGCAACAACAUGUAAAACUAACUGGAUUCUCUUUACAAUAAAUUCAAUAAAUAAAAAUCA